AAAACUUCACUACAUAAAGAUGGAUGCGUUGCGCAAGAUGACAAUAUGUUAUACUAUAUGGACUUUAAUCAUGUUAAGGAUCGGAGCAGGAUCUGUACAAAUCAAUAGUCCACGUGCAGUAUUUCAUCUCGUGCGCGAAAAAUAUCUCCAAAAGCAGAUAGGCAGCAUCGCAGAAAUAUCAAGAAAUGGACUACAUGACACUGAGCAAGACACUAGUAUUAUCAAAGUAGAAAAUAAAGUGUGGAAUCAUAGCGAUGUGUCCCAUUUAAUUAAGAAAUCCCGAAGACAGGCAGAUGGAGGAGAUAACAAAGUUGCUUUUUAUGUCGUUCUUUCCACUGAUGUCGCCGAUCUCGGAGAUGAUCAAACGAUCCCAUUUGACCAAGUUAUUUUAGAUGAAGGCAAUGCAUUUGGUACAGUGUUCCAUGCGUUUGCUUGCCCAGUGACUGGAGUUUAUUUGUUCCGGUCUGCGUUAAUGUGUGAAGCAAACAGUCAUAUCGAAACGGAAGUUGUUAAAGAUGGUUUCCCCUUUUUCCGCAUGUAUUCAUCUGGUAUCAAGACUAGUUAUCAGUACGAUCAGGGCUUCAACGCAGGCAUAACAAAAUGCGAAAUGAAUCAGAGGGUAUGGGUUAGAGUGAAUGGCAAUCUGGGUACGUCUGUGAGGCACUUAUUUACAACGUUCUCUGGCUAUCUCCUGUGGGAAACUGGGGCGUCCCAGACUGCAGUAAGUACUAACGCAAACAGUAUCAACGUGGCUUUUCAUUCUUACUUGGGGAAGAAUAUCAACGACCUUGAAAGUAAACAAACUAUUCCGUUUGACAAGCUGCUUUUAAACGAAGGCGAUGGUUAUGAAAAUAAUACAAGACACGAAUUUACUUGUCCUGUGGAUGGAAUAUACAUGUUUCAAUCUUCUGUAUUUUCCAACUUUGGAGCUAUUGAGACUGAAAUAGUGAAAGAUGGGGACCAGUUCGUUCGUAUAUAUGCAGCUGCUAGUGGAGAAUCCAACCUCCAACAUGACCAAGGCUUUAAUGCUGGAAUUAUACAUUGCAACAAGGGCCAGAAUGUCUGGGUGCAAGCCAGACAAGGAGCAUCAAUCAUGCAGUAUCAAUAUACGACGUUUUCUGGUUAUCUGAUGUGGGCAAUAGAGGAAGCUUCCGCUAUACCAGAGAAAGCAGGAAGAGCACAUGAUAUGGACCCUACCCAAGUUGUGUUCCAUUCCUAUCUAUCAACUGGUGUGGCUAGUAUCGGUGAAAAACUAACUGUCCCAUUUGACAAGGUCUCUGUAAACGAAGGAAGUGGAUUUGACAUUGGGUUUCAUACAUUCAUUUGUCCUGUUAAUGGCAUUUAUGUUUUUCAGUCAGCUAUUAUGGUCAACGCUAGUCAAAUCGAAACUGAUAUUGUUAAGAACGAAUCUUCAUUCAGUAAUAUGUUCGCUGGCGUGGGUAAUUACUUUGACCAGGGGUAUAAUUCAGGUAUCGUAAAUUGCAGCUUUAACGAAAGGGUAUGGGUAUGGGUUGGUAGUCCUACAGGUACAUCCAUAAAUUAUCACAAUACAACCUUCUCCGGCUUUCUUCUUUGGGGAAACACAGGACAAAAGUAAUACAUAAAUUAAAAUGGAACAGAAGAUUUUUUCUGCAUAUCAAACUUGUCGAUCUUUUGACUCGGAACAGAUAAAAAGAUUCCAUAGAUCUGCACAUUUAUUUUUAGUUUUCAACUUUCCUUCACAUUGACGUUAAACCGCCUCGGUGGUCUAAUAAUAGUGCGCCCGCUUCGAAUGCGAGUUUCGUUGGUUCAUUCCCUGUCCGCGUCA